UUUUGGUAAAAUGGCAGCGAAAAGUAACGGUGGGAGCUCGGUGUUUUGUGCCGUGCUGCUAUUUUAUUUAUUGCAGCUGUUCGGACAGAGUGAUGCUCGGCUUCACCACCUCGUUCUUAAGGAUGACGUGAGGCAGAAGGUCCACCUCAACACCUUUGGCUUCUUUAAAGAUGGCUACAUGGCUGUGAACAUGAGCAAACUGUCGAUGUCUGGUGGAGAGAUUUCCAAGAUUGACAGUUCUACGCUUGGCUUUAGCCUGGACAGAACAAGUAAUGAUGGAUUCUCAACAUAUUUGGAUGAAGAUGUCGAUUACUGUAUCUUAAAGAAGUUCCCCAGCAAUGAUGUUUCAGUAACACUUCUGUUGCUGGACUUUAGCAAUGGUUUAGUGAAAAUCAAGACUUCUGCUGAUGACACCAAAUUGCCUCGUAUCGUCACAGGGAAAAAUGUGUCUUGGGAUAAACCUGUUAAGGAGAAGAAGAAAAAUGACAUGUCACGUGAUCCGACUCCAGAUAAUGCCAAAAAAAGCAAGCGAGACACUGAUAAGGAGAAGAAUGCAGAGUUGUCAUUCCCUCUACAAAGUAAAGACAGUGUCUACUCAUUCCAGUUUUCCUUCAAUGUGAGCAGUGAUGACCAACAAGGGCUGUACAACCUUUAUUUCCACAACUGCUACAGCAGGGAAACCCAAAGCAGCGAGAUGCUCAAGUUCAGCAUUGAGAUUAACAUUGAAGAGAAGAACCCCAACAGUUUCCUGUCUGCAGGAGAGAUACCUUUGCCAAGACUGUACAUUUCCAUGGCACUCCUUUUCUUAUUUGUUGGAAUUGUCUGGGUUCACAUUCUCCGCAAGCGCAGGACUGAUGUGUUCAAAAUUCACUGGCUCAUGUCUGCUCUGCCCUUCACCAAAUCUCUCUCCCUAGUGUUUCAUGCGAUUGAUUACUACUACAUCUCAAGCCAGGGCUUUCCUAUUGAAGGCUGGGCUGUGGUUUACUACAUCACCCACUUGCUUAAGGGAGCCCUGCUGUUUAUCACUAUAGCCCUGAUUGGAACAGGCUGGGCUUUUAUAAAGCACAUCUUAUCUGACAAAGACAAGAAGAUCUUUAUGAUUGUCAUUCCUCUUCAGGUAUUGGCAAAUGUUGCUUACAUUAUUAUUGACUCCACUGAAGAAGGCACCACUGAAUAUGGUCUGUGGAAGGAGAUUCUUUUUCUGGUGGAUUUACUUUGCUGUGGUGCUAUACUCUUCCCUGUUGUCUGGUCAAUAAGGCACUUGCAGGAAGCAUCAGCAACCAAUGGAAAAGCUGCAAUCAUCCUGGCCAAGCUGAAGCUUUUCAGACAUUACUAUGUUAUGAUUGUCUGUUACAUUUAUUUCACACGCAUAAUAGCCAUCCUCAUCAAAAUUACGGUGCCAUUCCAGUGGAAGUGGAUUUACCAGCUCCUCGAUGAACUGGCCACUUUGAUAUUUUUUGUCUUGACUGGAUACAAGUUCCGCCCGGCCUGUGGAAACCCAUAUCUGCUGCUGCCCACGGAGGGAGGUGUGGACUUGGAGAUGGACAACGUGGUGACGGGAAAUACCACCGGGAUGAUGGAAGGCAUCAAAAAGGUGAAGAAAGCAUCGAACGGCUCCUCGAACGCAGAUUGCAUGGCCUGAUGGGACGCCGACUCCUUCACAGACACCACAAGAGCAGGGCUGGACCGACCUCGACUUCUCUUCAUCCGGGACUGUUGUUGUUUUUUCUUUAUUUUUGAUUUUGUUUUUCCUCUCAACGGGAUGCGCAUUUAAAAAACGAGUCCACUUGUGCUUCACUUGAACUGGCCUUGGCGUCGAAGCGCAGGCUUUGUGCUCUCUGACGUGACGCGGUAAAGCCCUCGUCGGGGGACUUAAAGCCGACACUCCUUAUUUAAAGACUUCUCUUAUCCUAAUUCCACGUGUAAACAUUUCUAACAACUUUCAUUGACGUUUGUCGGUUCGAUGCCGAGGGAUGCUAAACGUCUUCUCCUGCCGUUUUCUUUGAGGAUUGUGAAUGGUCAGUAAUGUAGAGAGAGACGUUCUGCUUUACCACUUAUGUGUGCAGAUGCUGAAGAGCUGGUGGGCAGGCAGCAGUUGACGUCUCGCAGCCCGCUGUCCCCCCAACUCUCUUUUUUUUUAUGUCUUGGUAUGCAGUGCUGUCUGAAAGCCGUCAUGUCGUUACUGAUGAUCCUCGCCUGUGAAGGGAGGCGAAGUGCAUCAGUGAGCCUCGGCGUUCAUAUCCUCUGUGUGGGGCGGAGGGCCGCGUUACGUGGUGGUGUUCGUCUGUCGAUCGGGGAGCAGGGACGGUACUGAAUUAGGGGCGAGCACAAAGCCUUCACAUUUAAAAUCGUGUUAAACAGAGGACUGCUGUGACCACCUUUGUGUUUUUCUGAGGGGCCGUGCCCCCCUAAAACGUUGCUUUUUCUGAUUUUAUUCACUAAUCUUAAUCUUUGGGUGUCGUGUGUGACUUUGUGUUUUAAAUCCGGUCGUCUUCAGGCCAGAUCUGCAAGCAGUGGCCCGUUUCUGGAGUCGCUCCCACAGUUCUCCUAAAUCGGUGCUAAGAUUAGAGGUUUGUAGGGCACACCAAGAACGUGGACCACAAGAGGCCUGGCAGAUGUGACUGUUAUUGAGUAGAAGAUAAAACUAAAAGUCGCUCGGCUGUAAGCGUAGUGUCACAUCAGGGCUGGAGACGCAUGCCAACCACACCUCAGCCAGCAAUACAGGGCUGUGUGUUUGGGGGGGCCGCCUUGUUCAUCUGCACGUGGGCGUUCUUCAAGUUUCCAUCGACACUGAGAGGCAGGGGGCACCUUUAGAAACUGGAAGGUACUAACAGAGGAAUACAGUCACGCACAGGAGAGGGAAAAGUGCCAUAAAGGGCCGAACAAUGCGUCUGCAUUCUGGUUCAUUAUAGCCGUUUUAAACAUUCUUAUUAAAUGUAAAACCUUUUAUGGCUGCAGUAAUGUGACACCUCAAUCAUGUGACUGGCGAUUGGCGCUACGACCAAUAACAGCGCAGCACCAAGGAGCCACAAAGUGGAGGCGACAAUAAUGAUUCAGAAUGGCGCCACAUAAAGAUCAAGAUGAUAGAGCGGCCUUGUUGAUUUACUGUAACGUGUUUUCAUCGCAGCAGACAUUCACGCCAGCGUCUACACGUUUAGCAGCGCCAUCUUUGGGUUUUCACUGUUUGGACAUGUGAUGUACUUACCCAGCUUGGCACUGCAGCCCUGGGUCUUACGAGUGAAUUUCUGUUGAGAGUUUGGACGGCGAUGGAGAAGUCGCACUCGCCGUAAGUGCGGAUUCACAGCGGGGCGCGAGACUGGAAGGACCGUAGAUGAUGACGUGAUGUUGCAGCCUUUCAUCCAGCGGAUCGAGAGGAUUCACCUGCAGGUGGGCAUUCUGGAAGUUUACAUUCACGCUGUAAUGCCAGGGGGCACCUUUAGAAACUGUCCUGGCAGGUUUUCGUAGAAGUCAGAAACUGAAAAAUACUGUAAGAAAUGUAAGUGUUUGCUGCAUUAUGGGUAAUGGAAAAUAAAUUUUUAAAUGUGUUUGCCUUCA